AUCACAGGCCUUUGGAAGAGGCAGACGUCUGCUCUACAGGUGGAGAGAAUUUCCCUGACUGACCCAUAAAGGAUGGAUAGGGACAAAGACAAGAUGGUUGAGAGGGUAUUACAUCUCACCCUAGAGAUACUCUGCCAACUUACAGGAGAGGAUUACACAGUGGUGAAGAUGACCUCUAGCAAGCGCUGUCAGGCUCCUGUGUCUAAAGGAUGGGGAAGAACCCUGAGCCUAAGCACAGGGCCUCCACCUCACCCCCUGAUACAUGAGGAGAUCAAUGAACAGAAGAUCCUAGAACUCGUCCACAAGAUGAUUGAGCUGCUGACUGGAGAGGUUCCUAUAAGGUGUCAGGAUGUCACUGUCUAUUUCUCCAUGGAGGAGUGGGAGUAUGUAGAAGGACACAAAGAUACAUACAAGGAAGUCAUGAUGGAUAAUCACCAGCUUCUCACAUCACCAGGUUCCUGCAAUAUAAAACCAUCUAUUCACCUUACUGACCUAUCAAGAAUGGAUGGGGACAGAGACAAGAUGGCAGAGAGGAUAAUAAAUCUCACCCUAGAGAUACUCUUCCAAUUUACCGGAGAGGAUUACACAGUGGUGAAGAAGACCUCUAGUCAGCGCUGUCAGGCUCCUGUGUCUAAAGGAUGGGGAAGAACCCGGAGCUCAAUCACAAGGCCUCCACCUCACCCCCUGAUACAUGAGGAAAUCAAACAGAAGAUCCUAGAUCUCAUCCACAAGAUGAUGGAGCUGCUGACUGGAGAGGUUCCUAUAAGGUGUCAGGAUGUCACUGUCUAUUUCUCCAUGGAGGAGUGGGAGUAUGUAGAAGGACACAAGGAUCUGUACAAGGAGGUCAGAAUGAAGAAUCAAAAGCCCCUCACAUCACCAGAUGUCUGUUCCGGGAGCUCAGAUCACAGUAUCGCACAAGACACAUUUAUAGAGCACGCCAAUGUUGAGCAGAAUAAAGAUCAUAAAAUAAUUAAAUGUCAAAGCAAUUACAAAAGGAAUAAGUCAUAUUCAUGUUCAGAAUGUGACAAAUGUUUUAGCCGUAAAUCAAGUCUUGAAUUGCAUCAAAGAAAUCACACAGGGGAGAAGCCAUUUUCAUGCUCAGAAUGUGAUAAAAGUUACACUGUUAAAUCGCAACUUAUUGUACAUCAGAGGACUCACACAGACGAGAGGCCAUUUUCAUGUUCAGAAUGUGGCAAAUGCUUUACUCAGAAAUCGGAACUUAUUGACCACUUGAGGAGAAUUCACACAGGAAAUAAGCCAUUUUGUUGUUCAGAAUGUGGAAGAUCUUUUACCCGGAAAUCAGAACUUCGGAAACAUCAGAGAAUUCACACAGGGGAGAAGCCAUAUUCAUGUUCUGAAUGUGAGAAAUGUUAUGGGACUCGCUUAAGUCUUGUUAUCCAUCAGAGAACUCACACAGGGGAGAAGCCAUUUUCAUGCUCAGAAUGUGAUAAAAGUUACAGGGUUAAAUCGCAUCUUAUUGCACAUCAGAGGACUCACACAGAUGAGAGGCCAUUUUCAUGUUCAGAAUGUGAUAAAUCUUUUACCAUCAAGCAGUGUCUUGUUAAACAUCAACUAACUCACACAGGGGAGAAGCCAUUUUCAUGUGCAGAAUGUGGGAGAUGUUUUAGUCGGAAAACACAUCUAGUUAGACAUCAGAUAACUCACACAGGGGAGAAGCCAUUUUCAUGUUCAGAGUGUGGGAAAAGUUUUAACAGUAAAUCAACUCUUGUUACACAUCAGACCAUUCACGUAGAGAAGCCAUUUUUAUGUACUGUAUGUGGAAAGAGUUUUGGCCAAAAGUCAGAGCUUAGUGUACAUCAAAAAAUUCACACAGGAGAAACCUUUUCAUGUCCAGAAUGUGGAAAGUUUUUUAGGAAAUAUUCAACUCUUAAGGCACAUGAAAGAAUGCACACAGGAGAAGCAUUUUCAUGUUCAGAAUGUGGGAAAUGUUUUAAGCAAAAAGGUGAACUUGUUAGACAUCAGAGAAUUCACACAGGGAAAAACCAUUUUCGUGUUCGGAAUGUGGCAAAUGCUAUAAACAAAAAUCACACGUUGUUGAACAUCAAAAAAUUCACACAGGAGAGAAGCCAUUUUCUUGUUCAGAAUAAAACAGCUGGGGCAUUGCAGAGCCAAAAAGGCAUCACAAGAAUGAGUAUGGUUACCUGCUCCGAUGCAGCCAACGCUGAGGUGCCUCUUGUGAACACAACGCUGCUGAAGCUAGUUAUUGGCUACACCAGAGCAGGUGACCAUGCCGAGGAGGAAGUAACACGCCUUGGACUGGAAGAUGGACACAUGGGAGCCAACAUACACCAUCAGAAUGACGAGGAGCAGAUUGUAUUUGACAAGCCAGGUAGAGUUUCUGCAGCUGAGUACUCCCUCUUGGACAUACAACAAGACACCAGAUCUGUGGCACAGUAUGCUAUUGAGUUCCAUACCCUUGCUGCUGAAACAAAUUGGGACUCAAGGGCAUUACGUGCAGCCUUCCGAAAAGGUCUUACGGAUCGCAUCAAGGACGAAUUAGUCUAUAAGGAUCUCCCAGAAGACCUUGAGAAAUUCAUAGAGCUGUGUGUUCGUCUGGAUGUCCGGUACCAUGAAAGAUGCCAAGAGAGACUUAGAACCCGCAAGUUUCCUAGGCCAGCUUACCGUUUGGCCCCUAACUUCCAAGCACCACCUCAGCCAGAACCUGAAACCUCUGUUGAACCCCAGACACCUGUGGAACCCAUGGAGGAUUACACAGUGGUGAAGAAGACCUCUAGUGAGCGCUGUCAGGGUCCUGUGUCUGAAGGAUGGGGAAGAACCCUGAGCCCAAUCAUGGGGCCUCCACCUCACUCCCUGAUACAUGAGGAGAUCAAUGAACAGAAGAUCCUAGAACUCAUCCACAAGAUGAUUGAGCUGCUGACUGGAGAGGUUCCUAUAAGGUGUCAGGAUGUCACUGUCUAUUUCUCCAUGGAGGAGUGGGAGUAUGUAGAAGGACACAAGGAUCUGUACAAGGAGGCCAUGAUGAAGCAGCACCAGCCCCUCACAACACCAGGUUCCUGCAAUAGAAAAUCAUUUAUUCACCUUACUGACCUAUCAAGAAUGGAUGGGGACAGAGACAAGAUGGAGAGGAUAAUAAAUCUCACCCUAGAGAUACUCUUCCAACUUACUGGGGAGGAUUACACAGUAGUGAAGAAGACCUCUAGUGAGCGCUGUCAGGCUCCUAAGUCUGAAGGAUGGGAAAGAACCCUGAGCCCAAUCACGGGGUCUCCACCUCACCCCCUGAUACAUGAGGAAAUCAAUGUACAGAAGAUCCUAGAACUCACCCACAAGAUGGUGGAGCUGCUGACUGGAGAGGUUCCUAUAAGGUGUCAGGAUGUCGCUGUCUAUUUCUCCAUGGAGGAGUGGGAGUAUGUAGAAGGACACAAGGAUCUGUACAAGGAGGUCAGAAUGAAGAAUCAAAAGCCCCGCACAUCACCAGAUGUCUGUUCCGGGAGCUCAGAUCAAAGUAUCGCACAAGACACAUUUAAAGAGCAUGCCAAUGUUAAGCAGAAUAAAGAUCAUAAAAUAAUUAAAUGUCAAAGCAAUUACAAAAAGAAUAAGUCAUAUUCAUGUUCAGAAUGUGACAGAUGUUUUAGCCGUAAAUCAAGUCUUGAAUUGCAUCAGAGAAAUCACACAGGGGAGAAGCCAUUUUCAUGCUCAGAAUGUGAUAAAAGUUACACUGUUAAAUCGCAACUUAUUGUACAUCAGAGGACUCACACAGACGAGAGGCCAUUUUCAUGUUCAGAAUGUGGCAAAUGCUUUACUCAGAAAUCGGAACUUAUUGACCACUUGAGGAGAAUUCACACAGGAAAUAAGCCAUUUUGUUGUUCAGAAUGUGGAAGAUCUUUUACCCGGAAAUCAGAACUUCGAAAACAUCAGAGAAUUCACACAGGGGAGAAGCCAUAUUCAUGUUCAGAAUGUGAGAAAUGUUAUGGGACUCGCUUAAGUCUUGUUAUCCAUCAGAGAACUCACACAGGGGAGAAGCCAUUUUCAUGCUCAGAAUGUGAUAAAAGUUACAGGGUUAAAUCACAUCUCAUUGCACAUCAGAGGACUCACACAGACGAGAGGCCAUUUUCAUGUUCAGAAUGUGAUAAAUCUUUUACCCUCAAGCAGCGUCUUGUUAAACAUCAACGAACUCACACAGGGGAGAAGGCAUUUUUAUGUUCAGAAUGUGGCAAACGUUUUACUCAGAAAUCAGAACUUAUUGACCACCUGAGAAUUCACACAGGAAAUAAGCCAUUUUGUUGUUCAGAAUGUGGAAGAUCUUUUACCCGGAAAUCAGAUCUUCGGAAACAUCAGAGAAUUCACACAGGGGAGAAGCCAUAUUCAUGUUCAGAAUGUGAGAAAUGUUAUGGGACUCGCUUAAGUCUUGUUAUCCAUCUGAGAACUCACACAGGGGAGAAGCCAUUUUCAUGCUCAGAAUGUGAUAAAAGUUACAGGGUUAAAUCGCAUCUUAUUGCACAUCAGAGGACUCACACAGACGAGAGGCCAUUUUCAUGUUCAGAAUGUGAUAAAUCUUUUACCAUCAAGCAGUGUCUUGUUAAACAUCAACUAACUCACACAGGGGAGAAACCAUUUUCAUGUGCAGAAUGUGGGAGAUGUUUUAGUCGGAAAACACAUCUAGUUAGACAUCAGAUAACUCACACAGGGGAGAAGCCAUUUUCAUGUUCAGAAUGUGGAAAAAGUUUUAACAGUAAAUCAACUCUUGUUACACAUCAGACCAUUCACGUAGAGAAGCCAUUUUUAUGUACUGUAUGUGGAAGGAGUUUUGGCCAAAAGUCAGAGCUUAGUCUACAUCAAAAAAUUCACACAGGAGAAACAUUUUCAUGUCCAGAAUGUGGAAAGGUUUUUAGGAAAUAUUCAACUCUUAAGGCACAUGAAAGAAUGCACACAGGAGAAGCAUUUUCAUGUUCAGAAUGUGGGAAAUGUUUUAAGCAAAAAGGUGAACUUGUUAGCCAUCAGAGAAGUCACACAGGGGAAAAACCAUUUUCGUGUUCGGAAUGUGGCAAAUGCUAUAAACAAAAAUCACACGUUGUUGAACAUCAAAAGAUUCACACGGGAGAGAAGCCAUUUUCUUGUUCAGAAUGUGGGAAAUGUUUUGUCCUGAAAUCAAAACUUAAUAGACAUCAGAAAAUUCAUCUACAAAUCAUUUCUUCUUAAUCCUCAAAAAACUUGUAGAGGGAAGUAGCUACUUUCUAUUUUUAAUGUGUUUUCUUGACUCAUCAUACGGGAAAAAUGCAACACUCAAGAAGUACAGAUGUAGCAAGAAGCAGUGUGGUGCACUAUGCUGUUAUUGUAGCGCCUACACGAUGUAUAUAGCACAAUGCUCUUUUACAUUGCAUUAGAGGCACCGCACUAUGCAAAUAGCACAACGCACCCCGAAGUGGAACGAACAUACAAUUAAUACCUGCUACAUCUAAAAAGUCAUAUAACACUAAUGAUGGUUAAGAAAUGUAUGCAAUCACCAAUAGACAUCUGUUAUCCAAAAAGGAAAUGGAACCUAGAUAACACACAGAGUAUUUUUACAGUAAUCUGUAUUACUGCAUCUCACAACUUGUUACCGAUCAUUAAUAAACC